AUGUUGCUCUUUCUCCUCUCCACCUCCCCACACCCCCCACUCCCCGCAGCGAAAGAAGAGUCCGUAGCCACCUUCAAGGGCACCGAGUUUUUCUGCUACGACCUCUCGCACAACCCCAUCCAGAGCAGCAGCGACGAGAUCACGCUGUCGUUCCGGACGCUGCAGCGUAACGGGCUCAUCCUGCACACGGGCAAGUCAGCAGACUACGUCAACCUGGCGCUAAAGAACGGAGCUGUCUCGCUGGUCAUCAACCUGGGCUCCGGCGCGUUUGAGGCCUUGGUGGAACCCGUCAAUGGCAAGUUCAACGACAACGGCUGGCACGACGUCCGGGUCACUCGCAAUCUCCGUCAGAAGCUUCGAUGUGGGUUAUCGAAAAGGAAAACGGAACUGAAAACACACCAACCCAAACAAUAA